UAUAAACAACUCAAAAUGUAUGUUCAGCACAAAUAUUUCAUUCUGUUUUGUACAUUUUCUGUUGCAUUAUGUGGUGAGCCCCGUUUCAAUACAAGAUUUGAGUACGAUGAACAACUCUUGGAGAAAAUGAUUCGCAUGGAAUUUGAAUAUGCACAGUGGGAAAAACGCAUAAAUGAAACUCUAGGAAAAAUGGAGAAACAGAAAACUAGCAUUCAGACUGAUUUGAAAAUAUUGCGAAAUGACAGAGAGGAGUUUGACAAGCACGGUAACGAGACGAUGAAAAAUAUGAUGCACCAACUGUCUAAACCGCAAAACGCAACAGUUUUGUUCCGAGCGUGUGACGUUGUGGAUUAUACCCUGUCAACUGGAAACGAUAUAAUUAUCUUCAAUGAAAUGCUCUACAACAUCGGUAGAGGCUACGACUCAGCAACUGGGAAAUUCACAGCACCAGUCACGGGUAUCUACCUGUUCAUUGUUAACUUGUGCCCUACAAAAUCUGGAAGUAUUUUCUUCGCCAUUGUGGCCAAGGAGGGGGUGGUGGCAAAUGGACAUGCGCAUAGCGUUUCAAAUUGGCUUUGCGUUUCCGGAGACGCCAUAGUACAGCUUCACGCCAAUGACGUCGUCUACGUUAAAUCCACGUACAGUGGUAGUAAACUUUUACAAAGAAAUACACUGAAGGAUGAUUUUGACGCAAAAGCAAAUUCCUUUUCAGGCGUCCUUCUUCAUUCAAUCUGAUUUAAAUCUUGCAUUACGCAAGGAGGAUAAUGUACUACAAUCAGAUAGCUAAAAAGCAGUAUUCGGGAAGUUAACCAUUUGACAUUCGUUGAUGAAAUGACAAUCUGUUUUAUGAUUCUUGGAUCUUUAUUCUAUUAUUGAACCAUCAGGCAAGCAGACUAAAAGGAGUUACUAUUUUGAAAAAAAUACAUAAUAACAUGCAGCAAUCAUU